AUGGCCCCUACUGUCCCAAACUACGUUGCUUUCAAUGUCCCAGUCUUGAAAGGCAGUUCGAACUGGAAUGAGUGGCAUGAAAAGUUCCUGCGUGUCACAUGCGCCAUCAAUCCACUCUACUGGGAUAUUUUCGCCGGUAAACUUGGCCCCCCUAAAAAUACUGACUUCCUCAACAUGCACCACCGCAGAGCUGCUACGAAGGAUGAUUCGGCAAUGCAUCUUUCCAUCCAAGAGGCUCUUGGCCAAGUGCCAGAAAUCCAGGUGCCAGACAAGGAAGUCUGUAUGCAGUAUGAUGCUGCGCUCCAACAAUGGAGCCGAUCUGUCUCCGAGGCUCGGGAAUAUUUGCUGUUUGCUCUUGAUCGACAGCCUGGCCUUACCAUACAAGGCAUUUCUGAUGCCCGAGAGGCGUACCUCGAGCUAGAGAAGGCAUAUUCAUCCCUCCAUGCUCAGCCCCUUGUCUAUGCCUGGCAGGAGUGGUUGGACAUUCGCUACCAAGGCACACAAGAAUCCCCCGAAGGUUUUGUCAGCAGAUUCAAGAAAGCUCUGCAAGGAAUCAAAGCCCAGGAAAUUCAAGUGAGCCUUGGGGUGGAAAUAGCUCAAUUCCAAGCGGCCAUCAUGCAGAAUCCAGAAUGCCAGCAUCUUGUGAACACCUUACGUAUUGACCCACAGAACUUCGGUGACACAGAUUCCGUCUAUGCCAGUUUCAUUCAGGAGCAAACACAGGAACUGACACUCUCAAUGUGA